GCAGCAGCAGCAGCAGCAGAAGGUAUAUUCGACGGUGCAGAAUUGUUUGAUGUGUUGUUGCCCGAGCCGGAUAACUGGCUGACUGGCUCGUUGCACUGUGUGCUCUGGUCGUACGAUACGCGCGCGGUAUUCGAAAAGCGGCCCUAUGCGAUGUGCAAGGGAGGAAAGUGUGCGCCCGGUUGUUGUGUGUUGUGUUUUUUCAAGGGAUUUUUCAUUAGAGAAGCUUAGUAUUUGCAUGACAUUCGGGUAAAUAAGACAUAGGAAUAAGCAAUGUCCGACAAUGGAAAUCAUUUUUCGCGGGUGAUGAAUCUAUGAUGUACGGUGUUGAUUGAUUCGCGGAUAAUCCUUCGCAGUGAGAUAGAAUCAGUAUUGUGCUAAAAUUUUCAUAAUUUUUAUUCUGUUAUGUUCUCGAUGAUUAUCAGAAAGUGUAAAUAACUGCCAUGAAACCAGUUUACAUUCUCUAGAAUAUUACGAUUGCCUUGUAAGCCUCGUAAUGAGCCAUCAAUAUUCUGCCUAGCGGUUUCCUAGUACCACAUAUACCGUGUCUGUGGAGAGCGUGAAAUAAUCACACAGAAUUACAACCGAUUAAGUUCCUACCACCAUAAAAAUACUACACGGUUAUAUCAGACGAAGUCCUGCGGUGAAAUAAAUGGAAAGUGUUUCCUAAUUAUGUGUCUUCAGGUCAUCAAAUCCCUUCCGGUAGUGUGACGCAAGUUUAACGGUGCGCGAGUGAAAUCAGUGCCAUUGGCAACAAGGGAGCAGAAAGUGAGAAUCGAAAGCAAGAAAUUAUAAGAUUUAUGAUUCGAUUGCAAUCGUCGAAUAGAAAACCAAGAAAAAGGCGACGCAAGAAAAAAGAGAUAAUUUAUUAGUAUUGGAUUCAAAUUCGUUAAAAAAAAUUAAAAAAAAAACCAACGGAGAAGAAUAGGUAGGAAAACCGUCUUGGUGACAACCGCAACGGAUGAUUCCCGAGGGAAAGUGAGAGUGUGAAUGAGAAAAUAAAAAUUCAGCGUUCAAUUAUUAGCGCGUUUCCCUGCGGAAGGAAGAACAACAUUUAUCGAUACGAGGGAAGGAAAGAACGAGCUAUCGGCUGGAAUCGCACUCACGUAAUAUUACCGGAACAUCGAUGGAUCAUCGUCUCUUUUGAAAGCAGCUUUUUCGAAUUUCGUUCCGGUUUUGGAAUAAUUUACAACAUUGGACCACCGAAUAUCGCCCGUAAUUCGUCCAAAUUAUUUUCAAGUUCGGAUAAGUGCAAAUGUGUGUGUGAGUGUUUGUGCGCGUAUGUGAUCGGAAUCAGAAAUUCUGCUUUUUACAGUGUGAGGCAAAAAUUCUAACACAAUUCCAUUGUGUUUGUCAUAAAGAAAGGCUAUACAGAGCAAGUAUUUUUCAUCGUGUUCAUUACCAAGCUGUAUAAAAUCAUCCUCAUGAAAAGUCACUCAUGCCAGGCAUAAAUUCGACAAGAAAAAGUCAAUACAUAACUAAGAAAAGCUUUUGUGAUAGUUUUUUAAAUGAAAUUAAGUUUGUUUUAAGAAAAAUUGAAAGUAUUAAGUGAAAACGUACGAGUUUCAGUAGUUCCAGUGUAUUUUGGUACUUUCACCGCAAGUAGUUGAUGUCGAUGAAUUAAUGAAUCACACACACAGUAUUCAUCGAUCCCUCACAAGACAGAUGGUUGAUCACUAAUCUACUUGAUAAUUAGAGCCGUGUGUUAUUUUUUGGAACAUCCCUAACUGCUUUUCGAGAGAAAUUACAUAAAAAGCAAAGCUUGAAUCCAAAACCAAACCUUUCAAAAUGACGAUGAGUACAAAUAAUUGUGAAAGUAUGACGUCGUACUUUACAAAUUCCUAUAUGAAUUCAGAUAUGCACGGUCAUUAUCCUGGUACUGGUGUAGACGGACUUGAUACCAGUCAACAGAUGUAUCAUCAUAGUCAAAGCCACGGCGGCCAGGGAAACAUGCCUCCAUAUCCACGUUUUCCACCAUAUGAUCGGAUGGGAUAUUACCAACAAAAUAUGGACCCUGCCGGAUAUGUACGAGCCGAUAGUCCUUCAAGUCAGGUGGGUGGAGUGAUACCUCAGCAAACGAAUGGCAAUCCCUUACAACAAACGCAAGUACAACCUCAACAGCAGCAACCGAUAGUUUACGCUAGCUGUAAAUUGCAGGCCGCGGUAGGCAAUGGCCCAAACGGACUUGGAACCUACGGUGCUGAAAAUGGGUCCCCUCCACUGGAACAGAUGGGUCACCAUAUGAAUACCGCACAAAUGACAAUACCUCAACACCAUAUGGGACACGCACAGGGUCAGGAUUGUUUCCCUCCCGAACAGGUGCACCAGAAUCCACAGCAUAUGGGUAUGUACACAAACACAGGCGGUGGCGCGCCUGGAGUUGUGCCCCAGCAACCACCAAAUAUGAUGCACCAACAACCUCCACAACUACACCAAGGACAACAGCCACCGCCAAAUAGUCAAAAUUCCAACUCUGGACUACAAUCGCCGCUUUACCCGUGGAUGAGAAGUCAGUUCGAACGAAAACGUGGUCGUCAAACUUAUACGAGAUACCAAACGCUAGAGCUUGAGAAGGAAUUCCACUUUAAUCGUUAUCUGACCAGGCGAAGGAGAAUUGAGAUUGCGCAUGCCCUCUGUUUGACGGAACGUCAGAUCAAGAUUUGGUUUCAAAAUCGGCGAAUGAAAUGGAAAAAAGAAAACAAAACUAAGGGCGAACCUGGAUCUGGAGACGAGAACGAUAUGACACCGCCGCAAUCGCCAGCGUAAACACGUGUGCUCAUCUUUUUCUAGAGUAUAACAAUAAUAGCAAUUUUAUGACAUUCGCUUUUGUUUAUUAGAAAAAAAAGUGCAGCUUGAUUCUCACACAAAAAGGCUUCUUGAUCAUGGCAUCGAUUUCGAAAUCAUUUCUCGUAUUUCCAUUGAGUUUCGAAUAGGUUGCUGAAUUUUGUUCUUUACACAGUCACUUAGCACCAUCUUUCUUUGUAAAAACAAGUCUAUUUCAUACGAAAACACAACUAUUACUUAUUUAUUAUGAGAGUAAUACGAAAGAAGAAAAGCAAAACAACUCAUGUGACCUCAAAACUAAUGUUAAUUUAGAAUUACAAGAUCUAGUAGACAAGCAUUAAUCAGAUCGCUGGCUAAAGGAAACAGAAACAGAAAAAUAUUAAUUGUGCAAUGAAAAGAACAUCUUUUAUCGAUUUUAGAUAAAGGGUAAAUAUUUGUGGCGAAGAUGAUUAAAUAUUCUAAUAAUAUACGUACAAAAGUGCUUGAAUACUCUAAAACAAAUAAAUCUGUGAAAAAGUCAAAAUUAAUAAGACAUUAUGUACUUUACAGAAGUUUCAAAUUUAGUUUCAGCUGCAGUAGAGAAAUGAAUUUUUACGGAUAGUAAUUGUUGCCCCAUGUUAUUUUUCUCUGAACACAAAGUUGAAAUAAAUUUCUCGUAUAGUAAAAUUCAUCGAAAAAAUAUUUCUGUUUCCGACACGUUCCGACUAAAAUUUGGUUGGAAGCGAUUUUAACCUCAUUCAUAGCACAAGAUAGGUGAAAGAUAGUAUCCAAACCAUCAAUACCAAAGGCAAUAGUAUAAUUUAAUUAUUGGACAUCACAUUCAUCUUUCAUUCACUACUAUUUAAAACUCACGAAACUGUUAUUUUCAAUCAUACGUGCCCAUGCGAUAACUGAUGAGAAAGUACUUCUCAAGUGUAUUAUAGGCGUUACUUUGCUAAUGAGAAGUCAUGAUCCCAGUGAUGGAAUUUAAAUUUCCGCUUUGAGUUAGAGACGUUAGACUUUUUGGUACAAUCAAACACUGAAAACAGAAACUCAUCAAACGACUAUAUACGAAUAUGAGGUAUACGGCUCCUGUAGUGAAUCGGUAGAAUGAAAAAUUUAGAUAUAUUUUACAACACAUCAUUCAUACUAUCGGCAAGGCAUCAUUCAAAUAAAGGGAGAAAGAAAUUUUCCCGUAUAAUCAAAACAAAACAAUGUGAACUAAACGACAUUGGAACACUGAAACUAAGAUGCGAAAGAAAUUAAUGUGAUUAGUCUGUGGAAUUGGUUGAUAUUUUGGAGAAGACACAGAAAAAAAAUGAGCACAGAUGAAACCGAAAAUACGUAAAGAAACAAGGAAACCAUGUAUUUAUAAUUUAUAAAAAAAAAUGAUACGUGAAACAGAGCAAAACAUACGUAAAAACUCAUGACAUUAGCCUAUAAGGAUUGUGUAACUGAUAACUGCAGAUAGAAUGAAAGAUGCAAGUCCCAAAAAUUUUAAGUAAAAGGUAAUCAUAAACGACAAUUGAUGAUGUACGUAAAAUAUAUUUAACCAUAAAUGGUAAGGGAUAAAGCUACAGAAUUAAGACAUAAAUAUAAUAUUAUCUCGUUAAAAAGGACAAAAACUAUGUUAUGAGUAAGUGAGACACUAAUAUACUUUGAACAUGAGAUAAUACAGUGUAAUAAAAUUUGUAAAUAUCAAACCCAUACAAAAUGGACAAGUAAUA